AUGGAGCUCUUGGAGAUGAUCAUUAACACCGGAAAAGAAGAAGAAGAAGGAGGAGGAAGAAAUACAGCCUUCCAUGAUAAAGAACAAGGAGAAGAGCUAUUUGCUGGAAAUGAUGCUGAUGAAUUCAGCUCGAUUUUAAAACGUGAUCUUAAUCCAAAAGUGUUAAUCACAACUUUUCGCUUCAACUCUACUAGAGGGCCUGCGUUUAUAUCAGAAUUACUUUCUGUGAUCCCAAAUGCACAUUAUUACAAGAAAGGAACCUAUGACUUGCAAAAGAUUGUAGAAUAUGCAAAUAAAAAGGACUUUACUUCUAUUAUUGUUGUUCACACCAACCGCAGGGAACCAGAUGCUCUCCUAAUCAUUGGCUUACCUUAUGGACCUACUGCCCAUUACAAGCUGUCGAGACUUGUUUCACGCAUGGAUAUUAAGAAUCAUGGAGAUCCAACCAGUCAUGAGCCUGAGCUUGUUACUAACUUUGUAGCAUGCUUAGGUCAUCGAGUUGGAAGAUUAAGACAGUCACUUUUCCCACAAGAUCCAAAUUUUCAUCGUCGGUACAUUUUUGAAACCAAAGAAAACAAACAGACAGACUCAAAAAGUAAAAAAACCAAGGAUGCCAAGGGUGAAACUAUUAUCAAGAGAAAGUGAUUGCUCGUCUUCAGGUCAGUGUCAAAUGAUAAAUUUUUUACGUGCA